UAACAUUUCAUUUAAAAAGGAGUUACUUAACAGCAAAUGUUUUGCUAUUUUGACAUAAAAUUAUAGUGAUUUAAGUUAAAGAUGAAAAUGAUUGAUAUGUAUGUGAAAUAAUUAUUGGCGUAUACAAAAUGGCGACGCUAAAGCAAGUUGUACAAAUAGAGCCUGAAAUAACCUUCCCAUAUAAUUAUGAUAGCGUUAAUUUUUAUAUAUUUGAAUACUACUAGUAUGCGGCAUGUGUCUAUCUAUUUCUUUAGCGCUAUUAGCUAUCAAAAGCUGUUUGGAUAUAUCUAAUACAUCCUAUACACUAUUUUUCUAAUGUACAAUGUCAGCUAUCAAAAUCGAGUCGAUCAUCGCGACAACUAACAUGAACAUUCUUCUGUCUAGAAAGCGUAGAUAUAAUUAUGCCAACAUCUCUUACUUAAUUGCAUAAUACUGUCAUUUACUAAGGGCAAUAACUCUAUAUCGAGAAAAGAUAUAUGUUACAGAUUUAUAGUUUCUACAAAUAUAAUAUAAUAUACUGGUAAAUUUAUUAUCUGAUCUUGAUUACAUUUAUAGUCUAGGAUGUUGAGUAUGGAGCCAGACGUAACCUCUGAAAGUCAUACCAGUUAUAAAGGACAAAUCAGUGAUCAUCUUCUGGUUGCAAGCAUUGAUAUUGGCAAUACAUACACCAGAUACGCAUUUUCGCUCCGACACCAGUAUGAACAUGAUCCUACAGACAUAUGGAUGAUGUCUGAUCUGUGUUCAACAGAAUAUUCAACAGACAAUCCAACUGUGAUAUUAAUGGAUGAAAACAACAUGUUUGACAGUUUUGGAUAUGAUGCACUUCACAAGUAUAUGGAACAUCGCCAGGGUCACCUCUUCAGAGAAAUAAAGCUUCCUCUUUAUAAAAAAGUGACAGACAAAGAUAUACAUAAUGUACAUAUUAAAGACGAAUUAGGAAAACAGACUCCUGCAGUCGAAGUGUUUCAAGCAAUUGUACACCGAGUUAAAGACCAUUUACAAGCUGUGCUAGUCAAAAAAAAAAUGGACAUACAACCUAAAGAGAUAUACUGGGUUAUUACCGUCCCUGCUGUAUUCACGGACCGAGCAGUCACUUUGAUAGAAACAGCAGCAAUACAGUCUGGAAUUGCCAAGAAUAAUCUCAAUAUUUUCAUUGAGCCAGUUUCCGCUUUGGAAUAUUGCAAACUCACCUACAAGUAUAAACAAAAGUGCUGUACUAUUCAUCACCCAGGCGGAUUAACUAGCUCAGAUGCGGAUAUGUUUCAAGAUGAAAGACAGUAUAUGGUAGUAGAUAUUGGAGGAGAAACACUAGAUGCCACAAUCCUUAAGAAAGACCUCAGACGAAAUGUUACAGAGCAGCAUAAGUUUUGUGUUGUUGGGAGUGGUGGUAAUAGCUUACACGAUGCUCUUGACAAUGUAUUAAAAGACAUAGUUGGAAACAAAACAUAUAAUAGGUUCCGCCUUGUAGAUUGUGGAUGUGCUUACAAAAAAUUGCACAAAGACUUCAAUGAAAAAUUGAAACGGAAAACUGACGAGGAAAUGAGAUUCUCAGUACCUGAUCUUGCAAGCCUUUUGGAUAGUUUUAAAGCUAGCAUUGGUACUUCUCCCUAUGCUGGUGAGAUUAGAGUUGUCGCCGGUAGACUGAGAUUGUCUGUAGCUUUUUGGAAAGGACUUGUAGCAGAAUAUUGUCUGACGUUAGUCAAGCGACUAAACGAUGUGUUUGAGAAGUACUCGUGUGACAAAAACAUUUGUUUAUUGCUCGUUGGAGAAUCUGCUGGUUUUAAAACAGUCCAAGAAGCUGUGAUAAAUGAAUUUGAUAACUUUGACAUUUUCAUUCCGAUCCAACCUAAAUAUGCUACUGUCGAGGGUGGUGUAAUGCUUAGACAUGCCCCUCCAUUAACAAUAGAUCGUGUUCCAAACGGAAGGGACACCAUAGUGAUGAGAGAAGAUGAUCAGGCGAAAGCAAGUGAUUGUGAAAUAGAUGACCAAGCAAUCGCAAGUGAUUUUGUGAAAAGCAUAUCCGGGAUGUCAAUUUCGAGCGACUUUAUUGAAGACGAAACAAUAACACGAUCAUCGAAAAUUCGAAAAGGACUGAAAUCUUUAUCACAGAGAUUGCACGGAAAACCACAAGAAAUAUCAGUCAGACGAAAGUAUAUUACUGCUGAUGUUAUCACAGCUUACAGAGACAUAGAUGUGUCGAGACCACUGAAGGCGUAUUUUGCUGAAGAAGAUGAAAAGGAUAUGACAAGAGAAAUGUUUUGGCUGUUCUGGGAAAAGAUUUGCAGCGUAUGGUUUCGAGGAGAAAAUGCUACUAUCCCGCUUGUACCCGUUGACAAAAGAGCAGAGGCCAGACGUGUAUUUCCUAUUCUUGGUAAAAUUCUUGAGCAUACGCUUUGUAUACUUGGGCAGUUUCCUCCACAGAUAUGUCGUAGUCUUCUAUUAGCUAUUGCUCAUCCCGACCAAGAUGUUGAUGCUGAUUUAGUAUUGAACGAUUACCUACUGUUCGUCCCGGAAAGAGAAAGUACGCUUUUGUCGCAGAGUUUGAAGGAUGUUGAUUGGUCAGAAAACAGAAAGAAACGCCUCACCAGAUUUUUUAGUGUGAACAAGAUUUCCAUGCACCCGACACCAAAGUCGUUUAAGGAAGACCUUCUAAACAUUGCAUAUACAGAAAUCAUCGACUCUUCACAUGUGUAUGUUGCGUUGAUGAGACGAGGCAUUUCUGAUUUUGCCUUAGAACACUUCUUUGAUGUUCUUGACACUGACGGUCUGAGAGCAGUGUAUGAAAUCACUAAACCUACAACUGAAAUAGUUGUUACAAUGAUUGAAAAUAUGUUUGACGAAGCUGACUUUAGUAGAGAAGAGAAAAUCAUCAUCAAUUAUCUCAGCAACAUUGUCAGCAAUAUGAGCAAGAAACAAUUACGACAAUUUUUGAUCUGGCUCACAGGAUCACCUUGUAAGCCACAGAAAAUCGACAUUACUUUCAACACAUCAGAAGGCAGGUCAAAGCUUCCUAUAGCACAUACCACAAGUCACGUGCUCAAACUGUCCAGAGACUAUAGUUCGUACCAAGAUUUUGAGCGUAUUUUGAUGGAUGUUCUGUCAAAUGAAUUCUUAAUUGUUACAGCAGGUGUAUCUGGUCGUUAAAACAACUACAAAGAAACGAAUCAAUAUCGAAGAAUUGUGUAAAGUUAUAAGCAUUCUUGCUACUACAUCUAAAUAUUAUGAUAUUCGCUCAUGGUGGUUUAUUUAGUCUGAUCCAAUAUGGUUGUUUCUUUGUGACACUUGAUGCGUGACCGUUGUCACUUUGGUGCGCGUAGCUCAUGCUGAAAUUCAUUAAAAUUAGUAUUUUCUUUUAUUCUUCUCAAAAUAGGCAUUUCUCACCAUGUUUUAUUGAAACGCUAUAUGCCACGAUUUCAAAAUCAUCGCGUAAUUUUUGUAUUGGAGAGUCCUUGAAAUUAUACUGGACUUUCCAGGUUCGAUGCAACCAUGUGAACUUUUCUAUUUUGAAUUACGACCAUGUUAUCUACGUUGGUGUUUUACAACAUAAAAUCAACUUAACCGUUUAUAAUUGGAAAAAAAUCUGAUUUAUGGUCAAUUUAUGUAUCUUUUAAUAGUUAACACUUUAAAUAGAUAUUCGACAUUCUUUUCUGAGAACAAGCAAAACAAGUAAAUUUCUGUGUAUCUGAAUGACAAUAUGAGCUUCAUAAAAUUAAUGCUAUGUUUGAAAGUGAAAUUUAUAGAAGGUCAUUUUCAGAUACACACCUUUUCUCAUAUUAGACAAUGCAUUAGAUUGAAAAUGAUAUGAUGAAAAUAAACACAGUACUUUUUAAUUUAAUGUUAUGUGAUCAAGGUUAAAUCACAACGAAGAGUAUUUUUAAGGGCAAAUUGUAUAAAU